CAUUGGACGCGAGAACCUCAUCUCCACUCGAGGCCGCUAAUCUGUGGGCACUUUGGGCCAUCUUCUCUUUUUUCCUCAAACACGCCUUACUUGCAGAGAACAGCGUUUCCAACCUUGCCUUCCUUCGUCGCAAUGGCUCGGCUCUCGGGCGUCGCCGUCGUCGCCCUGCUGGGACUGUGCACCAGUGUCCUCGGCGAGGUCAAGCCCAAUUUCGAAUUCUACCCCAAAGAUGCGCAGUCAUGUCUCUAUGAAGCGUCGGACAAGGCCUCCUGCCCAACCUCUUCCAACAAGGCGCAGAAUGCCUGCUUCUGCUACAACGAAUACGACUUCAUCAUCAACACCGCCAAGUGCAUGGGCAAUGACGAUGCAGACCUCCUGAGCGAAACGUACGACACGAUGAGCCAGGCGUGUGGGGAUUCGGGUACACCAAUAGGGCUAUCAGAGGCUGCAUGGAAGAAUGCCGCUGCGGAAGGAUCCUCGACAAGCAGCGCAGCCACGACCGAGGCGACAGCCACCAGUACCAACGAAAGCGCCGCAACGACGACGACAGGGACGGAAGCGGCGACGACAGCAAACGAGAGUGCGGCGGCGACGACAACGACAGAGGAGGACAAUGGCGCCGGAAGCCAAGAUGGUCUCUCCACCGGGGCGACAAUCGGCAUCGCUGUCGGAUGUGCAGUCGUGGGCGCAGCUUUGAUGGGUGCUAUUGGAUUCUGGCUUUUCCGACGAUACCGUCGCCGCGACGACCCGGCCAGCGCAACGCCCAUGCUGCCGCAGCAUGACUUUGCCGGGGGAGAAGGUACAUCAGCGUACCCUGCCUCGCCAUACAACGACUACACGUAUAAGUCUCCCUCCUCGGCCAGCUACAUGUCACCCGCCAAUGGCAUGGAGGAGUCGAGUCGAUGGGGUACGCCGACCGCGCCGAGUGAGCUCCCCCCACAGUCCGACGUGGGCAUGACUGUCGAGAUGGAAGGCAGUGCAGUGCCGCCGGUCGAAAUGAUGGGCUCCGUGCCCGAAAAGAGUCGUUGAACUUUUUCUAUAUAAAUGAGGAAGCUGGCCUUGGGUUAUACAUGUAAUAUUCAGGACGCGAUGGGAUCAUGGGACUGGAAUUUGAGUUGCGUCACUUUCCUCGCAUUGCACCUACCUUACCC